GAGCCCAGACUGGAGCAAGCAUUGCGACGUCAUCCAUCCGCCACGCCAGGAGGCGAGCCACCUCGGAGGAGGAAGGAAUCCUCCGCCUUCGCCCGUCUUCCUCCUCGUUCCCCUCCGCGUCUCCUCUUCUGGAAUCGGAUUGGUGUAGAGAGUAAUCGGCGCUUGGGACUGAUUCCUCUUGUUGGUAUGGAACCCUAACUCGCUUUCUUGCUUCGUUCGAUUCUAGGUAAGAGAUGGGUGUUUCGACUGCGCGAGCUACCAAAUCGAAAUCUUCCAUUCUUUCCCGCAGUUGGUCGAUUCGAUUUGGUUGUUGGGUUGGGCUUCCUUGGUUGCCCACACAGCCAUACGAAAUUGGUCACGACCAAAUUGGAGCGAAGAAGAUUUGUUUGAUUGUCACCGUGUAUGGUAAAAUCUUUUGCAGAUUGGUUAGGUUGUUUUUGGUUCAGCCCGAAUGAGAGAAUUUUCUCUUCUUCCUAUGUUAUCGAUAUUCGCUGUGUUUGAGUUCUUUUUUGUCUCUCUUAAUUGUGAUUCAUGAUAAGAUGGAGGGAAAUUUCGACAUUAGGAGAGAGCACUCCAUGGCUUAAGUAUGUGUUGUGUUGAUGUACUGUACUUAUAUAUGUGAAAGCUGUGUUUUAUUUGCGCUCAGCAGCCCAGAUCAAGUUGAGACAAGAGAAUGAAGUGCCUUACCAGCAUCCUGGCAAAUUAAGGGGGGAAAACGCUUCCCGGCAAAAAUUGUGACUAGAAAUGAAUGAACCAGCCAAAAUUGGCUUGGACAUGCUAAAUUUUGUUAGUUGCCAAUAUCUAAAAAUGAAUGAACCAGCCAAAAUUGGCUUGGGCAAGAUUGAUCUCAGUGGAUCGGUAGGUCAUAAGACCAAGGCAGGUGUAGAUUGUUUUAGGCAUAUUCUGUCUGCUUUGCUUGUUUUAGGCAUAUUGCUAAGUUUACCGCUAUCCGCUUUGCAGAUGCCCACUUUCUACUAAUGUCAUUCCUAUUUGGAACAUAAGAUGAUUGGUAUCUUUUUUUAUACUCAUGUAGCAAUGUGCAUUUGGCAACUAAUUUAGAAUUACUCGUGAUGCUGUCAUUUCCUCUGUUGAAAUUUUUUAUUUUAUUUAGAUUAGUCGUGUGGAUUUCCUUCAAGUAUAAUUUAGGUUGCGUACAUUGUCUCCAGCUUUUGGUUGAGUGGCAGUCAAGAUGUCUUAGGGUACUCAGGUUUAUUAUACAGAACAGGUUCCCUCAUACAAUAUCUGGUAGUGGUUGUGCUUGCGCAUGAGCAUCAAGGAUGAAAGUUCAUACUGUUUCUUCGAAGGCUGGAGACAUCGAAUUGAAUCUUGUCAUUGGUUGGCUUACUGAUGGAUGCCCAGAAAAGUUCUAUUUUGUGAUGCACCAUGAAUGCAUUUUUUUUCCAUCUUGAGGAGGUAGAGAACCAAAUAGGGUCAUGCACUUCGUUAAUUGUAUAACUGAAAGAGAUAAUCAUUGCCUUAUUUUUAAAGUAGGAAAAUGGUCUUAAUCUUGACUAACUGGUUGGAGUUUUUUUCUAAAAUCUUAUUAUACGCCCAAUGACAUUUGAGCUUAUUAGAUUGUAAAAAUAUGCACUUGAGGAGGUAGAGAACCAAAUAGGGUCAUGCACUUCGUUAAUUGUAUAACUGAAAGAGAUAAUCAUUGCCUGAUUUUUUUAAGUAGGAAAAUGAUCUUAAUCUUGACUAACUGGUUGGAGUUUUUUCUAAAAUUUUAUUAUAUGCCCGAUGACAUUUGACAUUAUUAGAUUGUAAAAAUAUGCAUUAGAUUGUGCUGUUAUCUUAUUUAAUAAUAAUUGGUAAUUUGCUCCUUUUGAGGCAUUUGCAUUUUUAUUAGCCUAAUUUAACAAGUUCUUGCACUUAAUGCGAACCUACAGGUUUGGCUCUUGUUAAUUUAACUAUUCAAGAAGCAGGAAAGAAUGAGCUACUUCCAAACUACAACUUGCAAGCCUCAUUGUGGGCUCAUUGUGAACAGGCCUAUAGCAGGUCUUGGGAGCACCAGUCAGUAUCCCAUAUGUUCACAUGCUCUUGGAUUUCGCAAGCUGCAACAGAAAGUGUACCCAAGACUAGUUCUCAUUGCUGCUAGCCAGAAAAGGCUUACUCCUGUUUGCGCCUUAAGUGGAAAGGGAAACCCUGACAGUGCUGAUGAUCCUUUAAUGGAAUCUUUGAAGAAAGCUAUGGCUGAUGCAAAAAAGCCUCGCCCCAUACAAGACUUGCUGAAAGAGCAGAUGGCUAAGCUGAGAGAACAAGCGUCAGGUGGAGGUGGAGGGAAUGGAAAUCGACGUGGAGGCAGUGGUGGUUCUGGUGGCCCAGAAGAUGAAUCGUUCAAAGAAACAUUGGACGAAAUAGUCCAAGUUAUCUUAGCCACUGUUUCUUUCAUACUUGUGUACAUCCAUAUAAUCAGAGGGGAGGAGCUUUACCGUCUUGCCAGGGACUACACCAGAUAUCUCGUCACUGGUAAGAGGACUGCCCGACUGAAGCGUGCGAUGCAAAAAUGGCACAACUUCUCUGAGAGGUUCAUGCAGAAGGAAGGCUCAGAAGAGGACCCAUACGACAGACCAGCUGCUUCAAAACCAACAUGGUGGCAACAGCCGCAAAAGUUCGUCCAUCUUAUGGAGGAGCUUUGCAGGGGAAACUGGCGUCCACAUGCCCAGGAAUCUUAACUCGGGUGUUCCAGCACCUUUGUUUUUUGACCCAUUGCAGAAUGCAGAAUAGGGGUGGGCAAAUACUUGGUUGCAUGGCUGUUUCGACGAGUUGUUAGAUGUCCUUGUCACCUGGAGCAAUGAGUUUUUUGGUUCUUUGACGCGGAUGUUGUCUCUGAUUUGUUAAGUAUGACGGGAAGCUUAGUCAGUUAUUGGAAAUUUUGUAGUUGAUGAGACUGCUUAUUUGAUACCAUAAUAUGCAAAUCAGAAGUUGGUGAUAGCUUCUUGUGCA